AUGGCGAUCACCGGUGAGAACAGCUGCGGUGAUGAUGACGACGAUGCACUUUACGCCGCCACCGAGAUGCUGGAGGCCAGAACGGGACUAGAUUUUCUAGUUUCCGCGCUCUCCCAUGAAAAAGAGAAGCCAUGUCCCGUCGCCUCAGUAGCAAACACUGGUGAAGCGUCUGGCCUCUGCCGCGGAGACGAUCGUCCCCAGCCCGCGCAUACUGCUAAGCCGGCCGUGCCGUCAGCAGCCGGACCGAGCUGGGCACGGUGCAACCGAUCUUCAGACCCAAGCCUUCAAGCGGCAUGCCGCGACGAACAAGCACCAGUUGGCCAUCAAUCACCAGAAGCAGAUGCUAGCUCAGGCUGGGAUGCGCGGCUGUCGGACCUCAUGUGCAUGGCAUUGCUGCCGUACGAGCCCGACUGGGCGGAGGUGGUGAAGAUCUGGAGGGCGUACAAGAAGCGCAAGCCCAUCACAACAGUGGCAGCACCAAAGAAGCAACCUAGUGCUAAGGGGAAAGAGAAGGUGGACGAGGAUGAUGCUGGUGGUGCUGGCUCUGGGUGGGGGACAGAGACCCCCCGUGCACAGGCACGGUUCUAUGAGCGAUGGUGGUGGUAG